AUGCCAGCAACACGAAAGCAACACGCCCCCAAGGUGUCAGCGGGGAAGGAGACAAAGACAGCAACAGUGGCACGGCCGGCAACCACACGACGACCGACUAGCAGAGGAGCCCAGGGCUCAACUGCACCGCACCCGAAGAGCGAGCAACCGUCGGAGGCGGGCGUGGCACACAUGGAAGACACGGUGACGCUCUCCCCCGCCUCGUCGCCCUCAUCACCUAUGGUUGAGAACUGCACACUCCUCCAGGAAGGCAGAAGCAAUGCACUAGCGGUGACAUCGUCACCCAUCACUGCCAUUGACAUCACGCCGUCAUCGGCAAACACGGAGACAGUGCAGGAGAACACCGCAAAUCCUCCCCCGGCCUUUGACGCACGUCGUGCGGAGCAGACGUUGUACUACCUUGAGGCGGCACGUGUCCUGCGCCAGGUUAACGGAGGCGUGGAGGCACGCGAGCAGUUUCUGCAGAACGAGCUCCAGCGCCAGACGGACCUUCACGAUGAGAAGCGGGCGGAGCUUGCUGGAAAGCAGGAAAGCUACCAGCGGCUGCAGGCAUCCACCCAGCGCCUCACACGGCAGGUACGGAGUUUGGACAGUGAGAAUGACCGCUUGCAGGAUCGACUGGCGCAGCUCCAGGCUGACAUGGACAAGGCGUUUUCGAGGAGGGCGCUGCGCCACACGCAGUUGGCGUCACGGCAGCCGUCUGCCAGCAAUGCGCGCGCAACAGCAACACGUCAAGGCGUGACGAGACAAAACAUUGGUGGCGGCUCUGUGAUGGUGGUUGACUCCCAUGUCUCCGCUCCUUUCCGCACCUCCUCUUCCUUGUCCAGUCUUGCUUCUGUCAGGGAUGUUCUCGUGGCGGAGCUCGAUGCGUACAACCGGAAGCUGCGUCUGGCAGAGGCGCGGCACGACGAGCUCUUGAGUGAGCUGCAGCUUGCAGUCGCGCGGAAAAGAGGUCGAGCUGCUGCGUAUUGUGACAGCUCUGCUGGUUCAUUCGCUAUGGGGAGGCACGUUGGAGGGCUCGAUGGGGCUGUUUCAUUUCUUACUGAUGACGUGACGGAGGUUGGCGCGAUUGAACAUUUAGAGCGCAUGAUAGGCGAGAGUCUUGUGCACUGUGACUGA